UGAGCGGCGCCGCGAGGUAAGAUGGCGGCGCCCAACCAGUCGGUGCCUUCGCUGGCGGCUGGAAUAAACCAGCUCUUCACAGGCAACCGGGGAGAGGAGCUGCCCGCCGUUGUCAUGACACCGAUCCAGAAUUUAACAAGAGCAUUCAGGGAGCAGCAGAAUAGGGAGGAAGCCACACAAUCGGUGUUUGAAAUAUUUGCAGACAUACUGGCAAGGCAGUUGGCUGCGAUAGAAGUCAUCAAUGAGAAUUUUGAAAGUGGCAAGAAUGAACAAUAUGAAACGUGUUUGCAACUUACUGCUGAGUGCUUCCGAUGUCUCAGAAAUGCCUGCAUACAAUGUGUCAAGAAUCAGUCUCAUAUAAGAACUGUAGGCCUGAUAGACCCAACAAUUCAGAUUCUCCAGUUUCUUCACCAGCUCAGAGGUUUCCAGAGUGAUACAUUGUCAGCAGCUUUUCAAUGUGGCCUACAGUUUCUUGGAAAUCUGGCAGUUGGCAAUGAAGAAACCAAGGAUGUCAUUUGGAAAAAUGCCUUUCCAGAUCUAUUUCUGAAUUGCCUGAAUCAUUUGGAUAAGAAAACUGUUACCUAUUGCUGCAUGGUUCUGUUUACCUGCCUCAGCAUCGAAAGAACAGCAGACCUACUAAACCAUACAAAAGGGAUUAAACUGGCUGAAACUGUUGUAAAAAUCUGCAAGAAAGAGCCACAACUGGACUGGGCCUUUCUGAUUGUGACGGAACAGUUUCUGAAAUGUCCAGAUUUGGUGUCUGCAAUCUACACAAAAUGGAACAAUCAAGGAAGAAUUAUCAUCUUGGAGCUAAUCUCCGCAAAGCUGAGUGACAAGAAUCUGGAAAUUCCAGCUGGCAGUGAUGACCUGCCUGUUCCUGUCAGACUAAUGCAAUUCCUGGCAGCCUGCUUCGUAGAGAAAUGUAUGGCAGUGUUGAAAUAUGCCUCUGAUACCUCCGAUGCAGAAGAUGAGGAUGCUCUCAUUGUAAUCAAGCUUCUUGAUAUUCUCUGUGAAACGACCUCAAACCACGAAAAAUUCAGCUAUUUGCAGAACUCGCCUGCUCUGGUAGAGACCACUGUUAAGCUUUUGUAUGAGACCCGCCUUGUAGGAAGGCAAAGCAAAAAUAUUUUUACAGCAUCCCAAUCUUUAUCAUUCACCAAUCAGAUUACUCAUCCUGCAGUUGGAUUUAAAGCACAUCUCAUCCAUCUGAUUGGGAAUCUUUGCUACAACAACAAGGAAAACAAAGAUAAGGUUCGGGUAUUGGGUGGCAUUCCUCUCAUUCUGGAUAACUGUAGCAUCGAUGACCAUAACCCUUUUGUGAGCCAGUGGGCAGUUUUUACCAUCCGAGUCCUUACCGAGCAGAACACAGAGAACCAAGAGAUGAUAACCCAGAUGGAACGCCAGGGAGUUGCAGAUACUGCGAUGCUUGAUAGCAUGGGAUUGCGGGUUGAAGAACGAAAUGGAAAGCUGUACGUAAAGUCGCAGGAAAAGUGUGAAUAAUUGCAUGGAGCGAAGCAUUUGUUCGAAAACAUUAUCACACGGUGGAUCUACUGAUCUAUUUUUCCAGUCUUUGGCACACGAAGAGAAAGGCAAACGAUCAAGAUGAAAGGAAAGCAGCGGUGGAAAAUGGUUCUUUGUUUAAAAUACACAAUGUUAUUUAUUAUUCUCUAGAUUGUCAUCAGUCUGGUAUCAAGAGUCUCGCCCUAUGAUAUGCAGGUUAAGACUGACUAGUGAUAAGAAUAUUAACUGUAAAAGAGAAUAGUUGCCUUCAGCAUAUCCUGCAUUGAAAUCUGAUUAUGCAACAAUAAAUUGCUCUGAAUUAUGCAUCAGCCAACAUCAAACGUGGGUAUAUAUUAAAAUUGAUUCGAUUUUCUUCAAACAAUUGUCAGACAAUAAAAUCUUGCUCAUUUUACAAAGAAACCGAUGAAAGAAUUCUGGGGUUUCAUGUGGAAGGCUAAAUCAGAGGAAUUAUUUGGUGGGCCUUGAAUUUGAAGGGAAAUAUUAGCAGUCAAUUCCGCACUAAAUAUUUUGCAAGUAAAUCAGAAUUAAAUUAUAUGUGAUGAUCCCAAAGAAUUAAAUGCUAUAAUCAGUCACAUUUCCAUUUACAAGCAUGUUUGUUUAUAAUUAUUGGGCACAAAUGUAUCCACUUGUAAUUAUUCAAAGUCUUUUAACUCUGCAUUGUUUACUUCAGUGUUAAUAACUGUUGCCUAUUUUGAAAUAUAUCUGAUGGUGUAUUGAAAUAUAGUCAUGCUAAAUCCCAUAGUUUAAGCCAUGUAAAUGGAGGAAGGAGAAUUCCAGCAGCUGUGUCCACAAAUCAGCUUGAGGUGAGUAACAAAGCCUUGCCAUUGUCCGAACGGCUGACAGUUCAAUGUGUAAAGGAGCACUGAAUAGUUAACUAUUUUUUAGGUCUACAGUUUAAGAUGUUGCUGUAAUUACACAGUGGAGUUGUAAAGGGACGGAACAGAGAACCUGAAAUUACUAAUACUGAUGGAUGCAAAAUGGACAAGGUUCUCGGUGGGUAUUUUAAGAGGACAGUGCAUAUCCCUCAUAUGAAUCGUUGCCACCAUUAGCUCUUCUCGCUUUCCAAAUCUCACUAAACCCCUCCUUCACUGUUGCUCGUUGCUUUUGCUUCUGCCUCCACCUCACCUUUACACCACACUCGCUCACAUUGUGCCUCGGCCUCCAACCUCUGCAUUUGCUCAUCUCCACCACCUUUUCUCACCCACUAUGGUUGACCUUACACCCUUAAGGGAGCAUGAUAGUAAUCUAGCACACCAAACCUGCGAAAAGUAUUGUUCUAUUUGAGAGAAAUCUAACGGUGGAGAGAAAUAGAAUCAGAGGCAAGGAAACAAAGGAUGGACAAACAAAUAUCAGUAGACUUUUUUGCUGAAGGAGCAUUUGGGGAUGACCGUCAUUCUGAAGAAAAUGGAAGGAAAUCUUCAAUUAGAUCCACCUUGGGUCUUUGUUCUACCCAGUCUUGUGAUUGAUGACCAUUGAGGAAGGACCCCACCUUAAAGUGUCAUCACUGAUACAGAUAUUAAUGCUUGCCUUUCUGCACCCAGUGCCAUCUCCGAGUGUUUAACCAUUCGCCUUUGGAAUGAGCACGGCAUAUUUCUCGAAAACAAGGCUGUCGUACUGUUUGUACCAUUAUAAGACUUGGGAUCUUUGCCACCACAUCUCAAAGCCUGAUGGACUGUUCCGUUGUACUCUUGACUUGUGUCUUGUAGAUAGUGCUGACACUUUGGGAGAUCAACUGUCUCUGACCUGCUCUUGCAGCACGGCAUUCAUGGCUGAUAAGGUUGAUGCUUCUGGUUAAUGGUAAACCCUCCCCUGCCCCAAAGAUGUUGAUGGUGCAUUUGUGCAGCCUAGCCCCAAGGGACAAAGUUACUGGCACACAACCUGCAAGAUUGCUGUUUGUGAUUUUAAAGUGACGCUAAAUAAAAAUAAUUGCUGAAUUAUCAAAAAGGCUUGUUCUGUCAAUAGACAACUGAGUCAAA